GAUCAGGCUGCAUGAGGCCGCCUGCAGACCCACACAUCCCCGCUGAUGACGAGCGGAGACACCGAGGAGGCUUCCGGUGCGACCUGCCUCUUCCCCGAUGUUGGUGCGGUGGCUGCUGCCUCUGCUCGGGGCUCUGUCCGCACAGGCCGACCUCUUCCACCUCGACAGCAUCUCCAACGUGUCCAGCUACUAUUUCAAUUACAUCUACUGUAACAUCUGGGAGGGGGAGUGUCAGCCCAACCAGGAAGAUGCUACACAGCAAGUUCCUAGCCGGGACCUGUGGGCAGGUUUCCCUCAGGACUACACCAUCCUGCUGCACCAGUGGUACUGUAGCCUGGGCCAGUGCUGUGAGUCUGGAGACUGCAGGAUAACCAACAACAUCACAGGUCUGGCAAGGGACCUUCAGACGAAGCUCCACGGGCAGCACCUGGCUCAGUCCGUGGUCCUGAAAGCCAUCCAGGGUUUUAUCAACAACCCAGAGUCCAACAAGCCGCUCACCCUCUCCUUCCAUGGCUGGUCUGGCACAGGCAAGAACUUCGUGGCCCGGAUCAUUGCCGAUAACCUGUAUCGUGACGGGGUGAAGAGUGAGUGUGUCCGACUGUUCAUUGCCCCGUUCCACUUCCCACAUGCCAGACUGGUGGACACGUACAAGGGACAGCUUCGAGAAGCCAUCAGGGACAUGGUGUUGCGUUGCGCUCAGACUCUGUUCAUCUUUGACGAGGCUGAGAAGCUUCACCCAGGCCUCAUCGAUGCCAUCAAGCCCUACAUGGAUCACUAUGACAACGUGGAUGGGGUUACCUACCGCAGAGCCAUCUUCCUCUUCCUCAGUAAUAUUGGUGGGGCAACGAUCAAUGAUGUAGCACUGGACUUCUGGCACUCAGGUCAAAAUCGAGAAGACAUUGGUAUGGAAGACCUGGAGCAUCGACUACGAACUGAAACGAUGGAAUCUCAAGGUGGGUUUGCACAGAGCGAGAUGAUGUCCGGCCACCUGAUCGACUUCUACGUGCCCUUCAUGCCUCUGGAGUACCGCCACGUGAAGCUCUGUGCACGGGACGCCUACGCAGCCCGAGGUCUGGAGACAGACGAAGCUACGCUGGACGAGGUGGCCAAGGCGAUGCUGUAUCUCCCUAAAGAGGAGAGACUGUUCUCAGCCCAGGGAUGCAAGUCCAUACCCCAGAGGAUCAAUUUCUUUCUCCCCUAGAAUGAGAGACAGACGGAGAGAGGGACCCCCCCUCCUCCCUACACACACACGCACACAAACACACACACACACACACACUCAGAUACAUGUGUCUGGCUAGGUGUCUCAGAAGAGGCCAGACAUCAGAGCAGGUCCAGCACUACUAGAAAAAUUCAGUAAAGCUCACCUUGCGGACGUCAGUGGCGUCGCAGGAGACGUGUUCAUGCCGAGACAGAGAUCAUGUGCAGUGUGGCUGCUCUUCUCCACCUGCAUGGUUUCAGUCCUCACAGUGUCGAGAAAGUGUAGAACACAGUGUCAGUGGUUGUGCAGUGUAUGUCAUUCUGGAUUUCACAUUUUCAUGUCUGCUGUCCUGAAUUGUUUUUUUAAUGUUCGAAUAAGGUCAUACGUCAUGUGAUAGUAUUUGCAUGUCAGAAGUUACAGAUUUAUUAUGUGCCAUUUUUUAACAUUUUACUGCAUCUGAGGAUUUUUGUGGAAUCAUAUCAAUGCACACUUAAUGUUUCAAUAAGCCUUUAAUUUGGCUUGUCAGGAACAUGAUGUGGAUUUGUGGUGUGAACAGUGUGUAACAACGGUGAUGGAAAUGUUACUUUAAAUUUACAGGGGUUGAUUAGACCAUUACAAUAUCAGCUUUCUGAAUUCAGACAUAUUGUUCAUUUUCUUUUUAUCUCAGUCAUUUUACGGAGGUUUAUCUGAACCUGAUACAUGUUUUAUUAUUGUCAUCAACAUUGCUUAAUAUGCAGAAUUUUACCUUGUGGCAUAGUUUAUUUAUUGACUGCCUAUACACGCACACUGGUGUGAGUUGGUCUGUUUUAGAGAUUUUAAUCUAAAGCUCAAAGGUUCAGAUCGGGAGAAGAAGAUGGAAAGAAAUGAACACAGAAAUUGUUUUAAGAAAAUAAACAACAAGAGUAAACCAACAA